AUGGAGCACUUGGUAUUGCAAGGCGACUCUUGCUUUAGCGUGUCUGAGACAGCGAGCUUGAGCGAGCGCAUCAGUCGCAUUUCGCCCGAGAUCACGAAAAUUAAAGGAAACUGGGUGUAUUAUACACAUCUUGGACGUCCAGAUAUCGAGACUGAGACUUUACUCAAGCGAUUGCUUCCCAACAUUCAGAAAAACCAUAAUGCGCGCAAAAGUAGCAAUCCUUUCUUACAAACCUUUCAUGUCACGCCGCGCAACCUUUCACCAUGGUCAUCAAAAGCAACAAGCAUUGCUGGUGUCUGUGGACUUGGUCAGACCGUGACUCGUAUUGAGAGGGGACGCAAAAUCGUGCUGGAAUUCAAGAGCGUGGCUGACGACAAGGCUGUUGAUGCUGUCAAGAACCUGCUCUAUGAUAGAAUGACAGAAACAUGGAGUACGGAGGAACCAAAUCUGAACAAAAUGUUUUCUGAGGAAAGCGCUCGUUUAUUGGAAGUCGUACCAAUUGGCCAGUUGAAGAGGUACAGCAAGACUCAUGGACUUGCUCUGGAUGAGUCAGAAAUCGAGUAUUUGACGGAAUCUUACCAUAAUUUGGGAAGAGACCCCUACGAUAUCGAACUCUUCAUGUUCGCGCAGGUGAAUUCCGAGCAUUGCAGACAUAAACAAUUUAACGCAAAUUGGACUAUUGAUGGCAUGUCUAUGGGUAAAAGCCUGUUCGGAAUGAUCAGAAAUACUCAUGCUGUGCACAAAAACCCAGAAUUUACCGUUUCAGCCUAUUCAGAUAAUGCUGCGGUACUAAAGGGGGAGUACGCAAGUUUCUGGGCACCCGACUACUCGACUGGAAGCUGGAAGCAGACAAAAGAGCGGGUUCAUCUUCUCAUCAAGGUCGAAACUCACAACCAUCCAACUGCGAUAUCGCCAUUUCCAGGAGCCGCUACGGGAUCGGGUGGCGAAAUUAGAGAUGAGGGUGCGGUUGGAAGAGGAUCUGCUCCUAAGGCGGGUCUUUGUGGAUUUUGGGUGUCGGAACUGCUAAUACCUGAUCACAAGUCUCCUUGGGAACUUGAUGUGGGGAAACCAGCGCAUUAUGCUAGCUCCCUUGAUAUUAUGCUCGAAGCACCAAUUGGUAGCGCGAGAUUCAACAACGAAUUUGGACGGCCAUGUUUACUGGGAGUUUUCCGAACACUUCUCACAGAAGUCGAUGCUGGAAGUGAUGGUCACGAGUUAUAUGGAUACCACAAACCAAUCAUGAUCGCCGGAGGCGUUGGUACUGUCAGGCCUCAAUUUGCACUAAAAAAUGGAUCCGAUGUGAAAUCAGGAGCUCAUGUCAUUGUUCUGGGUGGACCUGCAAUGUUGAUUGGACUUGGUGGUGGCGCUGCUUCAAGUGCUGACUCUGGAGAGAGCUCUGUAGAGCUGGACUUUAACAGUGUUCAGCGAGAAAACCCAGAACAAGAACGCCGUGCUCAGCAAGUCAUCAAUGCCUGUGUUGCUUUAGGAGAUGACAACCCGAUUGCUUUCAUCCACGACGUCGGUGCCGGAGGACUAUCAAACGCGCUUCCUGAGCUGGUUAAGGAUGCUGGAUUCGGUGGAGAGUUUGAACUUGCUCAAAUUGAUAAUGCGGAUCCAAGCAUGAGUCCAUUACAAAUCUGGUGUUGCGAGGCGCAAGAGAGAUAUGUUAUGUUGGUCAAUCCUGAUGGAAUCAACAAGUUUACCAGUAUUGCGAAACGCGAACGGUGUGGCUUCUCGAAUGUGGGGAGGGUUCUUUCCAAGGAUGAAAAUGGCAGAACGAGGUUAGUGGUAACGGAUCGGAACUCGAAGGAAUACCCAACACCAGUCGAUUUACCAAUGUCAACAUUGUUCCCUAAGAGCCGCACUCUAGAGCGAAUCGUCAAAUCACGGAAGUUAGGCCUUAAUCCUUUUGAUCCAUACAAAGCUCUUUCCGAAACAUAUCCCCAAAUCCCGGAGCACGAUCUGUUACGAAAGGCGAUUGAGCGCGUUCUCACUGUGCCAGCUGUCGGUUCCAAAUCUUUCCUCAUUACUAUUGCCGAUCGAAGUGUUGGUGGUAUGACUGUCAGAGAUCAAAUGGUUGGACCAUGGCAAACACCUCUAGCAGAUGUAGCUGUGACAGCAACUUGCUUGGGGGAUAAAAUCAAGACUGGAGAAGCAAUGGCGAUGGGUGAGAAGCCACCACUAGCCCUCAUUUCACCAGCAGCAUCAACGAGAAUGGCCGUUGCGGAAAGUUUGCUCAACAUUGCUGCUGCGCAUCUUCUCGACGAUUUACCUCGAGUGAAACUCUCAGCGAACUGGAUGGCAGCUGUCAAUCACACAGGAGAAGGUGCGGCUCUAUACGAAGGUGUAAAGGCUAUUGGAAUGGAAUUGUGUCCAGCACUGGGUAUAAGUAUUCCAGUAGGCAAAGACUCGACAUCGAUGAAAGCUUCGUGGACGGAUUUGGAAACAGGCGACAAGAAGGCAGUGACAGCACCUAUGUCUGUCGUCAUAUCGGCUUUUGCACCAGUCGAGAAUAUUCGAAGCACGUGGACUCCAACACUUCAGCGAAUUGAGGAUGUUGGCGAGACAAUUUUGAUGUACGUCGAUCUUGCUCAAGGCCACCAAGCUCUGGGUGGAUCUGCCUUGGCACAAGCAUUUGGCCAGUUAGGAAAUGAGGCACCAGAUGUUAGAGACACCGAUCUUAUCAUCGACUACUUCGAUGCUGUCAAACAGUUACACGAGUCGGGGAUUGUGCUAGCAUAUCACGAUGUUUCUGAUGGUGGUUUACUCACCACCAUUGUGGAAAUGAUGUUUGCCGGUCGAUGUGGCGCUGAAUUGAUGAUUGAUGGUUUCACAAAGAGUUCUGCGGUCACAGAUGUAUUAAGUUCCCUUUUCAAUGAAGAAUUGGGAGCAGUUUUCCAGGUUCGAAAAUCAGAUGAGACCAAUUUCUUGCGAUGUUUCGCAACAUGCGGUCCACCACCAGGAUUGGUACGAAAGAUUGGUCGAGUCCCAUCCGCCUCGAAGCAAAAGCUUUCUAUCCGCUAUGGACAGCAAUCUAUUCUACACAUGGAUCGUGCUGAGCUCCAACUCUUAUGGUCCACAACCUCAUAUCGAAUGCAACGAUUAAGAGACAACCCAGAAUGUGCUGAUCAAGAGUACGAAACUAUCAGAGAUGACCACGAACCUGGAUUACACUACAAACUUACUUUUGAGCCCAAAGAGAACAUCCUGCCUCUUACCGCAACAAUAUCGUCAGCUUUUACCAAGCCACCGAGAGUUGCCAUUCUCAGAGAGCAAGGUGUCAAUGGUCACGCUGAAAUGGCAUACGCCUUCAAAGUUGCAGGUUUCGAUGCCAUUGAUGUCCACAUGAGCGACAUAAUCGACCAUGGCAGUCUUGAAAACUACGUCGGCAUCGCAGCCUGCGGUGGUUUCUCCUACGGAGAUGUCCUAGGCGCCGGUCGCGGCUGGGCAAAUUCCAUCCUCAUGAACCCACACGCGCGAUCCGAAUUCCAGAAGUUCUUCGCCAGAACAGACACUUUCACCCUCGGUGUCUGCAACGGCUGCCAAAUGCUUUCGCAACUCACCGAACUCAUCCCAGGAACCACACACUGGCCGACUUUCGAACGAAACCGCAGCGGCCAAUUCGAAGGCCGAGUCGGAAUGGUCAAAAUCCAAGAUAACACCAAAACCCCCUCCGUCUUCCUCCACGGCAUGCACGGCUCCUCCCUCCCCAUCGUCGUCUCCCACGGCGAAGGACGCGCCCAAUUCAAGAGUCCUGCAGACCUAGAAGCAAUGAACGCGGAUGGCCUCCUGCCCAUCAGAUACACGGAUACCAGAGGUCACGUCACCAGCAAAUAUCCGGCUAAUCCCAAUGGAAGUCCCGAGGGUAUCGCGGCGGUUAGGAGUUUAGAUGGACGGGUCCUGGCGUUGAUGCCGCAUCCUGAACGUACUAUCAUGGCGGAUGUGGGCAGUUAUGUGCCGAGGGGUAGGGCGGAGGAGUGGGGGGAGUUUGGACCUUGGGUUCGGAUUUUUAGGAGUGCGAGGAGGUGGGUUGGGUGA